AUGUCGAGAUAUAACAGUGUUGGUAGUAGAAAUCAAGCUGGGUUCAAAAUGAGUCAACCGGGGUCCUUUUCAGGACAAAAUUUGGACCCCGGACAGUCGAGUUUGAAGUCAGAAGAUGAACAGAAUGGGUACAAUCAAGCAACCAACAAUCUUGGUCUGGAUGGUCGUAAUGGUAGUGUUCAAACGCCUUAUCCCGCUGACAACAUUUCAAUGGCUGAAAUGAACAGUGGAUCAAGCACUGCUGGUCGUGGGAUUGGUGUUCAUAGCACUGCGGUAAGUCAUAAUGCUAAAGUUCUCGAAACUUUGUUCCAACACCAGAAAAGCCAUGCUUCUUCACUGACAAGUGCGUCCACUGCGAAUCGGCCGCGUUUGUCGCAACAGUGGGCGCGUCAUCAGCAACAAACGCCUCAACAACAACAAAAGUUACAGCAAAAUCAAGAUCCAAGGUCAGCACUCGUUACGCUCAUUCCUACGUCUGCUAACCCUACUGAGAUGUUGGCGCAACGGUUUGCCGCUUGGAGAGCUGUGAUAAAAUCGAUACUCGUGUAUUUGAGCGAAACGGUUUCGAUUCAAGACGAGAUUGUGAGACAACAAGUGAGACUUGCGCGUGCCGUUAAUUUCCCCUUCUUUGCCACCGAAAAUCAACAUUUGCCUUCGACACCCGAAGAAAAAGCGAUUCAGCGGUUCUUUUUGCCCCUUGGAAGUGGUUCCGUUCAAGAUUUACCAAGCAUUUUAACGCAAUAUCACUCGCAACUUGCUGGCAGUGCAUCUCGUAUGUCAAAGGAAUUAGCCAACGAUGUGAUACCGCGUCUUGAGGAGCUGAGACGUGAUUUGUUGGUGAAAAUCAAAGAAAUCAAAACUUUGCAUUCGGAUUUUAAGAAUUCCUGCGCCAAAGAGUUACAUCAAACAAAAUCAGAUAUGAAGCAGUUUCAAGAAGCCAUAGAAAGUUCCAAAUUUGGGUCCAUGAAAAAUGAUCCUUACUUGUUCAAAAUCGUGCUCGAUAAGCAAAUAAAGAAACAACUCACGGAGGAAAAUUUUCUGCAUGAAGCGUUCAAUAAUUUGCAGGGGUCGGGUCAAGAACUUGAGAAAGUAGUGGUUAUGGAAAUUCAAAACGCUCUGACCAUAUACGCUAGACUAUUGGGACAAAAUGCACAAGUUGUUUUCGACGUUUUGAUCUCAAAACUUGAUCUUGGGUUUUUCAAUAAAAGCCCCACAUUUGAGUGGGACAGCUUUAUUUCGAACGACGAGAAUUUCAUAAGUCCAACGCUUCCCAUGAGACACGCGCGUGAUAUCAAGUACAAGCAUCAAAAUGAUACGAUGAUUUAUGAAGUCAAAUCUGGAAUUUUGGAAAGACGUUCAAAAUUUUUGAAAUCUUAUUCGCGUGGUUACUACGUUUUGACUUCGAAUUUUUUGCACGAGUUUAAAUCGGCGGAUAGAAGAAAAGAUUUGAUACCAGUGAUGUCGCUGGCUCUCAGUGAUUGCUCUGUUGCCGAACAUUCCAAGAAAGGCUCCUCAGAGCACAAAUUCAUCUUGCAUGCCAAGCAAAAUGGAAUUAUUCAUAGAGGCCACAAUUGGGUCUUCCGUGCCGAAUCUCAUGAGUCGAUGAUGAGCUGGUUUUCAGACCUCAAGGCCCUCACUUCCACUUCUAAUCCCAACGAAAAAUCAAAGUUCGUGAUUCAAAAAUUAAAUUUGACUUCUGAUGGUAAACAAAGACGGAUAUCUUCACUCACACAACAGGAAAGUAUUUCAGAAAAUCAAAAAGAUCGUACACCUACUUCGGGAGCUCCACAGGGACCUAUGAGCACUCCUAACCUCGAUGUUCAUACGAACACUAACACUUCUGUCUCAAUUCCUGAAACAGAUUACGGAGGUAUACCAGUAGUACAGCCACCCAGGGCUUCAUUGGACGGUGGUCAGCGCGUAUACAAUGGGAACAUAUAUAUCGAGACUGCAGGUGGAAAAAUGCAGUACCCGAAGACUAAAACUUGA